UGUGCGUGGCAAUUAAACUCUAUAGUGCUUAAACGUGUCUAGUUUGCGGUCAGACGGUCGACGUUCCCAUUUGGCAUUUCAAUUUAGCCCAAGUCCCCGAAAAAUGGAGCUGGCCUAGCGAGAAGUCCAACAGGAUUAGGCCAAACUCAUUGCGAAACAAGACGCUUGCAGAUAAACUUAUAACCCCUGAUUGCGUGCGACAAUUGCACAGAAUUUACGUCAGCAAGGGUUAAGCGAGGCGACUGCAGCAUGGACUUCAAGGAAUACCGCCAAAGGGGCAAGGAGAUGGUGGACUACAUAGCGGACUAUCUGGAGAACAUAAGGGAGCGUCGCGUCUUUCCGGACGUGAGUCCCGGCUACAUGCGCCAGUUGCUCCCGGAAUCGGCUCCGAUCGAGGGCGAGCCCUGGCCGAAGAUCUUCGCGGAUGUGGAGCGGAUCGUGAUGCCGGGCAUAACCCAUUGGCAGUCGCCCCACAUGCACGCCUACUUCCCAGCCCUCAACUCGAUGCCCUCGCUUCUGGGCGACAUGUUGGCGGACGCGAUCAACUGCCUGGGAUUCACCUGGGCCAGUUCGCCGGCCUGCACGGAACUGGAGAUAAUCGUGAUGAACUGGCUGGGCAAGAUGAUCGGUCUGCCGGACGCCUUCCUCCACCUGAGUUCGCAGAGUCAGGGCGGCGGAGUGCUGCAGACCACGGCCAGUGAGGCCACUCUCGUUUGCCUGCUGGCAGGACGUACUCGGGCGAUCCAGCGAUUCCACGAGCGGCAUCCCGGCUACCAGGAUGCGGAGAUCAACGCCCGACUGGUGGCCUACUGCUCGGACCAGGCGCACUCCAGUGUGGAAAAAGCAGCGCUGAUUCGGUGGGUUUACCAUUUUCAGCCUGGACUCGUGCGGAUGCGGUACAUCGAGGCGGAUGAGGACCUAGCGAUGCGCGGCAAGCUGUUGCGCGAGGCCAUCGAGGAUGACAUUAAGCAGGGCUUGGUUCCCUUCUGGGUCUGCGCAACGCUCGGCACCACCGGCAGCUGCAGCUUCGACAACCUGGAGGAGAUCGGCUUGGUGUGUUCGGAGCACCACCUGUGGCUCCACGUGGACGCCGCGUACGCCGGCAGUGCGUUCAUCUGCCCGGAGUUUCGCACCUGGCUGCGUGGCAUCGAGCGGGCGGACUCGAUGGCCUUCAACCCCUCCAAGUGGCUGAUGGUGCACUUCGAUGCCACCGCCCUCUGGGUGCGCGACAGCACCGCCGUCCACCGGACCUUCAAUGUGGAGCCCCUGUAUCUGCAGCACGAGAACUCGGGGGUGGCGGUGGACUUCAUGCACUGGCAGAUACCGCUGAGCCGUCGAUUCCGAGCGCUGAAGGUGUGGUUCGUCCUGCGGUCGUACGGGAUCAAGGGACUGCAGCGGCACAUCCGCGAGGGCGUGCGUCUGGCCCAGAAGUUCGAGGCCCUCGUCCUGGCCGACCACCGGUUCGAACUGCCCGCCAAGCGCCAUCUGGGAUUGGUGGUCUUCCGGAUCCGAGGCGACAACGAGAUCACCGAGAAGCUGCUGAAGAGGCUCAACCACCGCGGCAACCUGCACUGCAUCCCCUCCUCGCUGAAGGGGCAGUACGUCAUCCGCUUCACCAUCACUUCGACGCACACGACCCUGGACGACAUUGUGAAGGACUGGAUGGAGAUCCGGCAGGUGGCCUCCAUGGUGCUGGAGGAAAUGAACAUCACCAUCUCGAACCGCGUGUAUCUCAAGGAAACCAAGGAGAAAAACGAAGCCUUCGGGUCGAGUCUGCUGCUCUCGAACUCUCCGCUUUCGCCCAAGGUGGUCAAUGGUUCCUUUGCGGCCAUAUUCGAUGCGGACGAGUUUCUGGCCAAGACCUACGCGGGCGUCCGGAUAGCGCACCAGGAAUCGCCAUCGAUGAGACGACGCGUUCGGGGUAUCCUCAUGUCCGGCAAGCAGUUCUCGCUGGACUCGCACAUGGACGUGGUGGUGCAGACGACCCUGGACGCCGGCAGUGGUGCAACUCGGACCAGCACCACCAACUCCUACGGCCGCACCACCUCCACGGCCCAGACAAACGCCGAGAGGCAGGCGAGCAUUCAGGAGGACAACGAGGAGUCGCCGGAAGAAACUGAGUUGCUGUCGCUGUGCAGAACCAGUAAUGUACCCACUCCCGACCACGCCCACUCCCUGUCCACUCCCAGUCGCAGUUGCAGCUCCUCCUCCCACUCCCACCCGCAUUCCCCUGGAUCCACGCAUUCCCCGCCAGCCAACCAGUUUCGACCCAUUUCGAUCCCCCUUUUCACGCCCCUGCCCAAUCGCGAUGUCACCGUGUCCGUGGAUAGCCUCCUGACCCCCGUCACCACCUGCAACGUUUAUCAUGGCAAGCGGUUCCUGGAGCCCCUCGAAAGUCUCGCCCAGAGCAGUGCCUCCUUCAGCAGCAGCAUCUUCCGGCUGCCUACGCCCCUAGCCACUCCCCUGGCCACGCCCCUGGGCACGCCCACCCUGGAGGCGCUCGAGGAUCCGGACUGGCCGGCCAAGACCUUCAGCCAACUCCUCCUGGAACGCUACUCCUCGCAGUCCCAGUCACUCGGGAAUUCCUCGACGGAAAGCAGCAGUCUCAGUGGCGGUCCCACGCCCACGCCUACGCCCCUGAGCAGCCUCGACGAUCUGGUGACCCCUCUGCUGCAGUCCUUCGCCUCCCCCUCCUCGCUGCCGAUGCUCUCCGCCCAUGGAAUCGGGGAGGGGCAGCGGGAACGGGAACGGGAACGGGAACUGGAGAACGACUCAGAUGCGACAGUUUGCUCGGCAACCUCGUCGAUGGAAUCACUUUAGUUCUAGAUUAAUACCCUGAAAACGCGAAUUCUUUAGUUUUAUUUGACUUUGAAAUUUGAGCACUUUAAGAAGUUUCACCUUAGAGACCAACGAUUUAGACCAACGAUUUAGACCAACGAUUUAGAUCGAAAUUUAAAUAUCAAUACUUAUUUAUUCAUUUAUGAAUCUUUUUUGCGGCAGUAAAAUAUUUUCAAAUUCAUUUUUAUUACAAUCUCAAGAUUUCCAAAAUUUCCUGCAAUAUCUUAGUUUUAUUGUACAUAUUUAUGUGAGUGUGAUUGGGGAGAAGGACAAGUAAUCCAACGCUGCUGUGCAAUCAAUCAAUAAUGCAAACAAUCGUAGUAUCAAUCAAUGUUGAGCCGUACGUUAUAUCCAUAAUUUGCAUGCCUAUAUCUAUAUCCUAUUGUAAGAUAACUGAUUAGCGGUCACCUAGUUCUGAUGUAAGCAGCAGACAUCAGGAUUAGUUAACCAGAAAACUCAAAAACUAACCGGCUUACAUAUAUCCACGUUUAAUCAAUGUGAUUAAAAUUUCAUGGUUCCAGUUAAACUUAA